CCGAAUUGAUCAAAACAGCGGCAAGAUCCAUUAAAAUCAAAAUAAGGAAGACGAACAAAUAUUAGUUAAAUAUAAUCAUUUUUUAAAAUGCAAAAAUGUCUUUUGAGCUUGAGGAAUCCUUGUGGUUUGCCUUGCAGUCAGAUUCUGACUCAGAAAUUGAAAAUAUUCGACAAGAACCACAAGGUUCAUCAUCUCCACUUUGCCAGUCUAUAUCUAUCUCAAAGAGCUUUCAGACCAGGAACGAAUCUGUUCCAUCUUCCUCAAGUCAAGUAUGUAGCACUCGAUCAACCUCACAUGGAGAAUCAACAUGCAGUUCAGAUGGAUCAGUCUUGAGUCAACACAGUCUUCCAGUUUCACAUCGACAAUCAACCUCUCAUAUCAACAGUUAUAGUCUAAAUCCUUGCGUACAAGCUACAUCCAACUCUGAAAGUAAUAAUAGUCUUAGUCAGCACAGCCUUCCAGUUUCACAUCGAUCAUCAUCCCACAGUUAUUGUCUGAAUCAUAGCGUUAAAACCACAUCCCACUCUGAAAGUAAUAACAGUCUUAGUCAGCACAGCUUUCCGGUUUUACAUCGAUCAUCAAGUUCCUCCCAUAUCCACAAUUAUUGUCUGAAUCCUAAUAUACAAACUACAUCCACCUCUGAAAGUAAUAACAGUCUUAGUCAGCACAGCUUUCCGGUUUUACAUCGAUCAUCAAGUUCCUCCCAUAUCCACAAUUAUAGUCUGAAUCCUAAUGUACAAACUACAUCCACCUCUGAAAGUAAUAACAGUCUUAGUCAGCACAGCUUUCCGGUUUUACAUCGAUCAUCAAGUUCCUCCCAUAUCCACAAUUAUUGUCUGAAUCCUGAUGUACAAACUACAUUCACCUCUGAAAGUAAUAACAGUCUUAUUAGUCAGCACAGCCUUCUGGUUGUACAUGGAUCAUCAAGUUCCUCCCAUAUCCACAAAUAUAGUCUGAAUUCUGAUGUACAAACUACAUCCACCUCUGAUAGUAAUAACAGUCUUAGUCAGCACAGCCUUCCAGUUGCACAUGGAUCAUCAAGUUCCUCCCAUAUCCACAAUUAUAGUCUGAAUUCUGAUGUACAAACUACAUCCAACUCUGAAAAUAACAAGAGUUUCAGUAGGUACAGCCAUCCAGUGUCUGAUCGGUCAUCCUGCAAUAUCCGAAGACCAUCCACUGGUAAUUCAAGCUACCAGAAUCGGCUCUCGGUAUCUGCUGAAAGUCGGUUAUUGAAAUUCACCCACAAUAGUCUACAGACCAGUUCAAAAAGUGAUUACAGAAAUAACAGUCUGAGUCAUCAGAGUCUUCCAGUUACUGACAAAUCGAGUGGUAAUUCAGCAUCACAGACUAUAGUUGGCAGUUUGAGUGACUGCUCACCCAGGAUGGAUAAUGAAGAACAGAGCACCGCUAUGGACAACACAGCAUCUCAACAGUUUGAGACACUUUUAGCAGACAGCAGUCAGGACACAAACUCCAAGUUAUCUUACGAUGCUCAUGGAUAUUCUACUGAUGAUACGUCAAAAGAUCAUAACCUAAGUGAGUAUCCGAUCGACACACUGUCGAGAUCACCAACCAGUGACCAGGCUGCUACAGAAGACAACAGUGAUUGUGAUGAAGUCGUGCACUGCGCCAUUUCAGAAGUAUCCAAGGAUUUUCUGUCUGGAAACUUUUCUACACACAAUGUUCAGCACGUGGAAAGUGACAGCUCACAGGUGUCAUCUGAUAAUGAAGUUAAGCUUGCAGAGAGAUCAGUUCAUGGGAAAUACCCUGAAACGGCAGCAGGCAUGUCUGACAGUGACUGGAAUCCGUAUGUUACAGAGUCCGACAGUAAUGCCAGUCCACGUAUGGAGAUUGCUCAGUCCAGUGUAAAAGGUGCAUCUGUCUCAACGGUAUCCUUGUUUUCUCCACCUCUCUCGAGCACAAAUAAUACAACUAGUAGAACUGAUACACUUUGUUUAACAGGCAGCUCUUAUGGCUAUGUGAAAGGACAGUCGCCUUUUGCACAGAACCUGACAAGAAGUGAAGAAAACCUUCGAAGCUUUCUUGGUAGAGAUAUUGAAAAGAAGCAUUUAGAAUCUCACGGUGCGUCCCAGCUAAGACAACCAGGCUACAUGAAGCCAUAUUCUCCAGUGACACAGCUUGGUGAUAGCGUUUCGAAAGAUCAUGCUGUUGGUGCCCAGCAUGCAGCGUCUUAUCUCACGAAGUCUGAUCUUGGCAACAGCAGCAAGGAAGUAUCUGCAGAUGGUGAUUCAAGUCAUAAACAAAUGUCAUCAGAUGGUGAUUCAAGUCGUAAACAAAUGUCAUCAGAUGGUGGUAGUGGAGAUUUUGCAUCAGACCUCCGUGGUGAUGUUUCCAAAGAAAGUGGUUCUUCACAAAUCCAGAGUGAAAAGGAGCUGUCUAGGACAACUCAUUCCAGUAAAUCACGGUCUUCUCAGGAUCAGUCCGACUACAGGAAGUCAUACUCCGCUACUAGCUUACCAGAAAAUGUCUCAAAAUACAUGGAAAGCUUACCCACAAACCAAACUUUGUCCAGUGGAGCAAACAGAGUUUUGUCUGACAUUGAUAACUUAUUAAAAAGUCGUAUGGAAGAGAAUGAAAGCUCUUCACAUUCGAUUAAAAAGGACAAACAUCUGUACCAGCAUUUACCUAAAGAAGUUGAUGCUGUUGAACAAGAGGUAUUGUCUACUGUACCAAAGGGCAGUGAUUUUGUUACAAGUAAGGCCCUCUCUCGGUCAACUAAUUCAGGAAGUACAUAUUCUUCAACUAGCAAGGAGGUACAGCACCUCUUGGAGAAAGACAGCAAAUUGGAAAUCAAAGCCCAAUCUGAAACUGAGCAUAAUUCACAACCUGGAGCAAGCGAUGAUGGAAUUCUUAGAACUCGGGUGAAUGAUAUUUUGACGAAGACAUCCUAUUUAGAAUCGGACCAACAAACAGAAAGUACUUUAUAUGAUGCAGGCCAACUACCCAGUAGCAUCGACUACAGCCAGCUUCAACAUGAUUUGCAGGAAAUUCAAAAGAGUCUUAAAAAUUUCUCUGAGCGUGGUGACUCCGAGUCUGGAAGCGAAUGCUCCGUUAAGCUGGAUAGCAAAGAUGCUUCCUUUGUAUCUGCUGGAUCCACUAAAGAGGGAACUAUUAUUCCCAGCACCACGACAACACCUGAUCGACUAACUGUUCAGAGACGGCGUUUUGAGGUUAGUGCAGAGGGUCAGCCAUCUGUGAGGACAUCACAGGAAGAUGACACUGAUCAGUCUGAUGAUUUACAGAAAUAUGGUCAGAGCAAUAAAAAGUCAUCUCAGUACAACUCGGAAGGGGAGGAGACGCAUGGAUCAUCCUGCAGUGCUAAAGGAGAGUCCGAUUCAGGGCAGAAAACUCCAACAUUCUCCAGUCUGCACAGAGGUGGUGACGUACAAGGCAUCGAUGAGUUUUUGCAAAAUGUCCGUUAUCAGCGAAGUCUUAUUCUGUCGCAGCAGGGCAAUGAUUCAGUUGCCUCGGGUAUGGCAGACCAGAUUUCUCACAUCCUUCAAGAAGACAAUCCAAGGAGACAAGCUCAUGGCAUUUUGCAAGAGGUUGAUGCACGAGAGAGGGAAUUGAUUGAAAAGAUCUCUUCUCGCCAUAUGGUGGACUUCAGUUUUACAGACACCUCGGCAAAUUAUUCUCAGGAUAGUUUGAUAAUCACAGACGAAGACGUUAGGAAACAGCUUCAUCUCUCGGGUCUUAGUUCACUGGAUACUUCGUCGUAUAGUGAAGGAUAUUCGGACAUUUUAAAAACAGACAGACCAAGAAGCCCAUUUUCUGCUUUUAAAGAAGCAAGACGGUUUAUGUCGAAGCAGAUGGAAAUGGUUGCAGACAGAAGUUUCAAUCACAGUCUGGAGUUAAGAACACCAUACAGACCUGUUUUGUCUACCUUUCCAGUGUAUGGCUUCAUGAAGGACUCUGACACCGGAUCAUCCCAUAGUUCACGCAGGAGCAGAAGGUAUGAGCAUUUUGGUGUGAAAGAAGCUUGGCAGCGUCAGCAUUCUGAUAGAUCACAAAGAUCAGAUAGGGAAAGAAAUCAACCAGAAGGAUCAACGGAAGUAAGCACAUCAUCAUCCAGUCAUCUUUCUCAGCCACGGUCAUCCGACGAUUUGACACAUUCGCAUUCCAACAGGGGGACUUCUUCAUUACCACAGAGAGAACUACCGACAGUGGAACAAGGCCUUCCUGAACUAGAGGAUCCAGAUUCUGUUGAUUCAGCUGACAUUGAUUUUGCUAAGUCCUUUACAGACAGAAGAAUGGCUUCUUCCCCUAUGAAUGACGUUAAGAUAUCAGCUGGAUUCUCUGGUGUUACUACGUCAGUUGAAGUUGAAGUUGAAUACGAAAGAGAACCUUCUGAAUCUCGUGAUACCAGCAGUCACAGUAGUUUGGGAGGUUCCUCCCCGAUGGAUUCUGAUGGUAAUACAGGUCAUAGCAGGAAGAAGUACCGACCAUACAGGCCUGCUGGGAGUAAUGACAUGUUCUAUACGGAGAGUGACACGACAGAGAGUUACACUACGUUGGAGAGUACACACACAGGUUCUGAUGAUGCUGUUCCCCCAUAUUUCCCAUCUCAUGUACUUGGAUCACGCACAGAUUUACAACCCAUAGGCAUAGCUUCGAGUGGAGUGUCUGGAAGUAACACUCAGCCCAGUGCCACGUCAGCUCUCUCUACCAUUGAAGAAAGGCCUACUAUGGAUGAGAGAUCUGGCAGUGUCACUGGUGUUAGAUCGAAUAAUGGCGAUUCAUCUUCCUCGGAUCAUAAUCGGCCGAGUCAGGCUGAUGUGAGAGCCAUGUCAAAGAGAUCGAAUAAUGGCAGUCCAUCUUUCUCGGAUCGUAACCGCCCAAGUCAGGAUGACGUGAGAGCCAUGCCAAAGAGAUCGAAUAAUGGCAGUCCAUCUUUCUCAGAUCGUAACCGCCUAAGUCAGGCUGACACAAGAGCUAUGCCAAAGAGAUCGAAUAAUGGCAGUCCAUCUUUCACGGAUCGGGAUCGUAACCGCCCAAGUCAGGAUGACGUGAGAGGCAUGCCAAAGAGAUCGGAUAAUGGCAGUCCAUCUUUCUCAGAUCGUAACCGUCCAAGUCAGGAUGAUGUGAGAGCCAUGCCAAAGAGAUCGAAUAAUGGCAGUCCAUCUUUCUCGGAUCGUAACCUCCCAAGUCAGGAUGACGUGACAGCCAUGCCAAAGAGAUCGAAUAAUGGCAGUCCAUCUUUCUCAGAUCGUAACCACCUAAGUCAGGCUGACACAAGAGCCAUGCCAAAGAGAUCGAAUAAUGGCAGUCCAUCUUUCACGGAUCGGGAUCGUAACCGCCCAAGUCAGGAUGACGUGAGAGCCAUGCCAAAGAGAUCGGAUAAUGGCAGUCCAUCUUUCUCGGAUCGUAACCGCCCAAGUCAGGAUGACGUGAGAGCCAAGCCAAAGAGAUCAAAUAAUGGCAGUCCAUCUUUCUCGGAUCGUAACCGCCCAAGUCAGGAUGACGUGAGAGCCAUGCCAAAGAGAUCAAAUAAUGGCAGUCCAUCUUUCUUGGAUCGUAACCGCCUAAGUCAGGCUGACACGAGAGCCAUGCCAAAGAGAUCGAAUAAUGGCAGUCCAUCUUUCUUGGAUCGGGAUCGUAACCGCCCAAGUCAGGAUGACGUGAGAGCCAUGCCAAAGAGAUCGGAUAAUGACAGUCCAUCUUUCUCGGAUCGUAACCACCCAAGUCAGGCUGACGUGAGAGCCAUGCCAAAGAGAUCAAAUAAUGGCAGUCCAUCUUUUUCGGAUCGUAACCGCCCAAGUCAGUCUGACGUGAGAGCCAUGCCAAAGAGAUCAAAUAAUGGCAGUCCAUCUUCCUCAGAUCGUAAUCGGCUGAGACAGGCUGAUUUGAGAACUGUGCCAGAGAAAACUGACCUUUGUGAACAAGAUAGAUUGGGUGAUACACCACCAAGCAGAAUGUACGAGUCCAGGUCACAUUCUGACCGUGGAGAACAGCUGCAAUCUUACCACAGCCGGGAUCAAGGACCUCAGUCCGAUACACACAACUUAGGUGAUGCACUAGCAACCACUCAGAGAAUGUACGAGUCCAGGUCACUUCCUAACAGUGGAGAACAGCUGCAAACUUACCACAGACAGGAUCCAGAACCUCAGUUCGAGUCCAGGUCACUUCCUAACAGUGGAGAACAGCUGCAAUCUUACCACAGCCGAGAUCAAGGACCUCAGUCCGAUACACACAACUUAGGUGAUGCACUAGCAGCCACUCAGAGAAUGUACGAGUCCAGGUCACUUCCUAACAGUGGAGAGCAGCUGCAAACUUACCACAGACGGGAUCCAGGACCUCAGUUCGAGUCCAGGUCACUUCCUAACAGUGGAGAACAGCUGCAAUCUUACCACAGCCGAGAUCAAGGACCUCAGUUCGAUACACACAACUUAGGUGAUGCACUAGCAGCCACUCAGAGAAUGUACGAGUCCAGAUCACUUCCUAACAGCGGAGAGCAGCUGCAAGCUUACCACAGACGGGAUCAAGGACCUCAGUUCGAGUCCAGGUCACUUCCUAACAGUGGAGAGCAGCAGCAAACUUAUCACAGAUGGGAUCCAGUACCACAGUUUGAUACAAACACUUUACCUCGUGAAACUGCACAAACAAAUGCGAGGACUGAAUUCAGUAGGGGAACCGGAUCUUUGGAACAGAGGCUCAGUAGAGAGAACCCUGCCCAGGUUAGAGAAACAACACGGGAAAUGGUUGCCCCUGAGAGUGCAAAUAGAUCACCAGCUGAAAAAGCCAGCCAACUAUCGACUGUGUAUGUGAGAGAUAGUGCAACAAGCCCUAUAAUUGCUUAUCAUGUGGAUGUUUCAACUCAAAAACCCUCAUCCACAGAGCAGCCAACGAUGUUGCCACCUAAUGCAACUGAAGAAAGAUAUUCAGCCACAUCCUCUAGAAGUGAAGAGAUGAAUGCCGGGCCUUUUGAGUUUGUCAGGAGCCCUACUGAUAUCAGCAUUGUUAAAUCAAAGUCAAAUGAUUUGGCAGAAGCAAGAGGUAAAAAUUAUGAGCAGCAGAAGCCAGAGUGGACACCUGACUUCACAGCUUAUGAAGCCAACGUGCCAAGAAACACAGCAUCUGGCUCGCUUCCUCCUCAGUUGUCUGUUAUAUACUCCAAGGUCGAUAUGCCAGCUCAGGACCAUUCUGCAACUCCGAUGUCUCCUGGAAUGAAUUCUUCACAGCAAGAUACCUUCCAGAGUACUUUUGCUGAUCAACCAAACAGACAAACUGAAAUACAAGACAAACAACAUCUUAAACCAGAAAUAAUUCAAAGCCAACAUCCUCGGUCUGGGCGAUCAGAAUUGUCUCCUUAUGUUCUUAAUAGUGCUGAUCAACCAGACAGACAAGCUGAAAUACAAGAUGAACAUCUUAAACCAGAAACAACCCAAAGCAAACGUCAUCGGUCUGGGCGAUCAGAAUUGUCUCCUUUUUUUCUUAAUAGUGCUGAUCAACCAGACGGACAAGCUGAAAUACAAGACGAACAACAUCUUAAACCAGAAAUAACUGAAAGCAAACGUUCUCGGUCUGGGCGAUCAGAAUUGUCUCCUUAUGUUCUUAAUAGUGCUGAUCAUCCAAACAGACAAGCUGAAAUACAAGACGAACAACAUCCUAAACCAGAAACAACCCAAAGCAAACGUCCUCGGUCUGGGCGAUCAGAAUUGAGAGAUAGAAUUGUGCAGAAGAGAAACAGUCGUAUACCUGACAACAGCACCUCUGAAGAAGAAUUAGAACAGCGAAUUGACAAGACGCCCGUCAGUCGAAAAGCACAACUUCUGCGUGAGACCCUUGAACAGGAGCUUGAUCUGAGCAUAGCACCGAACAUUAAUACCAUGUGGCAGCGCUUCCAGGAACUGAACUCAACAGAAACCGACAGCACGAUGAACACAUCACGUAUGGAGACGCUGGCACAUCUGGUACGCAAUCCCACCAAACACACCGUUCAGUCGUUCCUCAAUCAGCGGGAACAGGGCAGGCAACAGCGUGAAGAACAGGUAGCCGAGGAACGGGAACAGAGACGGAAAGAAGUGAAAAAUGCCAAACUACACGUGUCACGGGAUUCUGAUGCUUUGUAUUCCAUUCCUGAAAACAAUUUGGGAACGCCUUCAAAGCUGAAAAGUCCCAAAAGGAAACGAGAAAUUGUGAUUGAUCCAAACAUGACCAAGCUCCGUGAUAAAAUUCAGAGGCAGAAGGAUAAAAUGAACAAGGAAAGGAAGAAGGAACUAAGACGGAUGGAGAAGCUGAUGAAGUUGGAACAUCUUCUGAAAGCCAAGCGCACUGGUAAAAUUUCAAGUCGUGAAUUGUCCCAGAGCAUUGAUGAUGUUUCAUCCACAACCAUUCCUACAGAAUCAUCCCCGGACCUGACCAGUAAUGAGUCGACGAUAAGUGUUUCGUCUAACAUGUCCGACGCGCCCACCGAGGAAACCACUGCCAAAGACAGUAGUCUGGAACUGCACCUGGCCAAAUUAGCAAAGGGUCACGAGGACACUAUGGGAGAUUUGUCCAUGUUCGAGCACUUGUAUAAAGAAGCUGUACAAAAACACUUUCAUUCCAAAGAUACAGGAAGGCCAUCAGAACAAACCAGAGAGCCAGAGCAACGUCAUCUUCGUCAAAUGUUGAAAGGGAAGGGGAAACAAAAUCAUCAACAGUUGAUGAAAGAGCGAAUUGCUUCCUUUAAAGAAAAUAUUGAAUCCUUUGACAAUUUCUCUGAGAGUAGAGAAGUCCAUAGACAUGAAAAGAAAUGGAUGUCUCCUGCCAAGAAUAGAAAAUCAGCAAGUGUUUCCCCACUAAGGGGACGAUCAGGGAGAUAUUCCUCAUCCAAGCCAAAAAGCAGAGAUGUUGGAACCAUUGUUCCUACACCAUGUAAUAAGACGUCAUCUCCUGGUAAAGACAGGUCGAGGAGAACACGGUCUGAAGCUGUUCAAACAAGCCCCUAUCUGUGUGUGUCAUUGAAAGACCUAAUGAAAGCUCGAUCUUCUUCACCACAAUACAACGUUCCAUUUUUUAAAAAGAAAAGUCGAAGUUGUUCUCCACCGUUUUCAACACGAUAUACUCCAGAAGUAGAGAGUAUUUUCUCAGUGAAACAGGCAAAAAAUACAACAACUUCAAAAGGUAUUUCCUGGUUUGUUGAACUGAAUAAUGAUGAUCGUCCAUGGAAGAAAUCCACGAAAGAAGAUCACGUAUGGAGACCUCCUCCAAAAGAGGAUCGAAACUGGAGUUCUCCGCUAGAAGAGGAUCGAGACUGGAAAUCGCCCCCAGUUGAAGACCCCUCGUGGAGGUCUCCGCUGAAGGAACGUCAGGAGAAAGUGAGAGAGGUGGUUCACAUCAGACCGGUGGUCAAAGAACACGAGCAGUCCGCGAAGAACGACCCGGUCAAACAGGUGCUGCAAGAUACUCCGUCACAGGCAUCUCUUCAGGAUUCGUUCUCCCAGCGCAUGGCUUGGUUUGUCUCUCGAUCACGAGAACGGCAGAAACGAGUUGCAUUAGCUGCCCGGGAACGCCACAUGCAGGAAAUGUUUCGCCUGGAACACGAAAAACUCUUUGGGGACCAGAGAAAGAAUGUUAAUUUGAAUGCAAUGAAUCUUCCUUUAUGCGAACAACACCAUAAUCCACAGAAACGACUUUUGACAAAGCAGGAGCAGAAGGAAUUAACUGAAAAUUGCAGAAAUUUCAUCAGAAAUUUGCCCAAACCUGGUCGACGAAUUUACAAGCGGCUUCCUGAAGUGGUAAAUGGGAAAAUGCAAAGGAGAAUGGAAUGCCAGAAACAACUGAAUCGCCUUAGAGCAAGACUUUUCAACAAGAAAGUACAGCGGACAGUUCUGAGAAAGUCUGGUGUGCUGGCUUGAAAUGCAUGAAAUUGUUCUGGAAAAGCAGUAUGCGACUUACCAUGGAGCCUUCUGCUACAUGCAAUAGCAGCCAUCUUGUGAAGAGCUACAUUUCUGUGAUACAUAUUAUCUGUGAUAUAAAUUAUCCACAACUAUUCUAAGGAAUAGAUUUAGGGUUCGAAAAAAAUCCACUGGCCCGUAGUCCUAGCUAGUGAAUUUUUGUUGUGGCUAGUGGAAAUUAUCAACUAUAUAGCUAUAAUAUACAUAGGUCACUAGCCAAAGCAUCUGUGAGUGUGUGUGACUUUCUCAAACACUUGUCGAACACUGAUAUUAGAUUGAUAUGUAAUUGUAUAUAAAUGUGUGUAGAUACUGUUAAUUGGUUAACUAUAUAGCUUUAAUACAUAUGGCACUAGCCAAAGCUUCUGUGAGGGAUAUUUCAUUUCAACUUAUUUCGUGCUUAUAUCCAAUUAAGGUUCAAGCACACUGUCUUGGGCACAGACCUCAGCUAUCUGGGCUGUCUGUCUA